AUGGCUACGCCGUCUAGUGACUUCGGCCUCGCCAUGUCCGACGGCCCCUCGCGCGCCACCUCGGCCGCACCCACCCCCCGGCGCUUCCACGGCCUCAGCUCGUCCUCGGCACGGCCACGCGGGCCGCCGUCAGAGAGCGUUGGCGGUGCCAUGAGCGACGACGAGGGCGAGGGCUUUGCCGACGACAAGGUGCCGCAGCGGGUACGGCGGAACAACGGCGAGCCCAUCCCGCGUGUCGAGGACAAGAUUGGUCUCGCCGUGCAGCAGUACUUUGAGUCGUUUAUCGAGGAUUUCAUCGAGGAGCCCUCCGCCUCGGGCGAGACGCCGUCCGCCCCCGUCACCGACAAGUUCUACGUCGCCCAGAUCCACGCCAUGCGCUCCUACCAACUGUCGACCUUCUACGUUGACUUCAAGCACCUGACCUCCUGGAACAACGGCGUGCUCUCUGAGGCCGCCCUACGCAUGUACUUCCGGCUGCUGCCCUACCUCAACGCCGGCCUGCACAACAUGAUCGCCAAGUACGAGCCCCACUACUUCCGCCAGCAUCGCCAGCUCACGUCCAGCACCGCUUCCACCAACCGUACCACAUCGGCCGCCAGCAACGCCGGUUCCGCCUCGCAGCAGUCGGCCGACCUCGGCAGCAAAACCAGCAACCAGCAGACCGACAAGCUGUUCACGGUCGCCAUCUACAACAUGCCGCUCGUUUCGCGCAUCCGCGCCCUGCGUGCUGCCAACAUUGGCCAGCUGCUCAGCAUCUCCGGCACCGUCACACGCACCUCCGAAGUCCGCCCCGAGCUGUCCCUGGCCACCUUCAUCUGCCCCGCCUGCAAGGUCGUCGUCCCCAAUGUCGAGCAGGCCUUCCGCUACACCGAGCCCACACAGUGCCCCAACACCACCUGCCAGAACCGCCAGUCCUGGCAACUCGACAUCCGCCAGAGCACCUUUGUCGACUGGCAAAAAGUCCGCAUCCAGGAGAACAGCAGCGAGAUUCCAACAGGAAGCAUGCCGCGCACCAUGGACGUCAUCCUGCGUGGCGAGAUGGUCGACCGCGCCAAGGCCGGCGAGAAGUGCAUCUUCAACGGCAUGCUCAUGGUCGUGCCCGACGUCAGCCAGCUGGGUCUGCCCGGUGUGCGCCCCACAGCCAUCCGCGAUGACCGCAACGCCGCACGUGCCGGUAACGACGCCGGCGGCUCUGGUAUCUCGGGCCUCAAGGCCCUCGGUGUGCGCGACCUCACCUACCGCAUGGCCUUCUUGGCCUGCAUGGUCUUGCCCGACACCACCAGUCUCGGUGGCAGCAGCAGCAUUCCCAACGGUCCGGACGCCUCGGGCGCCGACAUUGUUGCUGCGUUGACUCAGGCGUCGGUGCGCGACGGCACCGCAGGCGGCAAUGCGGCCAACGGCUUCAUGACUGCACAAGAGGCGCAGGAGCUCGUGCUCGGUGCCUACACCAAGGCCGAAAUUGACGACCUGCGCAAGAUGGUCCACAGUGACUACAUUUACUCGCGUCUCGUCAAGUCGCUGGCGCCCAUGGUCUACGGCCAUGAGAUUGUCAAGAAGGGUCUGUUGCUGCAGCUGGUGUCCGGUGUGCACAAGUCCACCGCCGAGGGCAUGCAGCUGCGCGGCGACCUCAACAUUUGCAUUGUCGGCGACCCCUCCACCUCCAAGUCGCAGUUCCUCAAGUACAUUUGCAGUUUCGCGCCGCGCGCCGUCUACACCUCUGGCAAGGCCUCGUCCGCUGCCGGUCUGACGGCCGCCGUUGUCAAGGACGAGGAGACGGGCGAGUUCACCAUUGAGGCCGGUGCGCUGAUGCUUGCGGACAACGGCAUCUGCUGUAUCGACGAGUUUGACAAGAUGGACAUUGGCGACCAGGUCGCCAUUCACGAAGCCAUGGAACAGCAGACUAUUUCCAUUGCCAAGGCUGGCAUCCAGGCCACCCUCAACGCCCGCACGUCCAUCCUGGCCGCCGCCAACCCAGUCGCCGGUCGCUACAACCGCAAAGCCACGCUACGCGCCAACAUCAACAUGUCCGCGCCCAUCAUGUCGCGUUUCGAUCUCUUCUUUGUCAUCCUCGACGAGUGCAACGAGAGCGUCGACCGCCGCCUGGCCGAGUACAUUGUCGGCAUCCACCAGCUGCGUGACGAGGCCGUCACCCCCGAGUUCACCACCGAGCAGCUGCAGCGCUACAUCCAGUUUGCGCGCACCUUCCAGCCCGAGUUUACCGACGAGGCCAAGCAGCUUCUUGUCGACCGCUAUCGCGACCUGCGCGCCGACGAUGCCCAGGGCGGUGUCGGCAAGAACUCGUACCGCAUCACCGUGCGUCAGCUCGAGUCCAUGAUCCGUCUGAGUGAAGCCAUUGCCAAGGCCAACUGCGUUGACGAGAUCACCCCGGACAUGGUCACCGAGGCCUACAACCUUCUGCGCCAGAGCAUCAUCUCCGUCGAGCACGACGAUGUCGAGGUCGAAGACGACGAGGACGGUGCCGCCGACGAAGCCACCGAGGCCGCUGCCCUGGCGGCCGCAGCCAACGGCCCCGACCCGAACAGUGAUGUCGCCAUGGACGAGCACGACACAGCCGCUGUCAAUGCUGCCACCGGUCGCCGCAACAAGGUCGCCAUCACCUACGACAAGUACAUUGCCAUUGUCAAUGCGAUUGUCCAGCGUGUGCGCGACGACGAGGUAUCCGGCCCUGGCGAGGGUGUCGCUGCAGACGUCCUCUCCACAUGGUACCUUGAGCAGCAGGAGGGCGACCUCGAUACCGAAGAGGACUACCACCGCGAGAAGUCGCUCGUGAACAUGGUGCUCAAGAAGAUGGUCAAGGAGAACAUUCUCAUGGCCAUCCGCGGCCAGGGCAUGGCAGACGAGAAUGCUACGGAGGGCCCGGCGUCGAACGCACAUGAGCAGAUCAUAUAUGUGCUACACCCCAACUGUGCAUUCGAGGAGUUUUAG